UCUAUUAGAUUCGACUCUUUCCCCACGAUUUCGACUUCCUCUCUCUCUCUCGAUCUCGUCUCUCUGUCCACUAGCCGUGAGACGGGGGGCUAGGAAUCCCCGGCAUCGGAAAAGCGCCGGCUAAAGAACCGAUUUUCCCAAGAUUUUUGUCCGCCCCGCGCCGUCCGUCGCAGGAUCGGAUUCUCCGGCCAUGGCUCUCGCCGGCCUCCGCCGGCACGCCGGCCAGUUCCUCAGCACCAGCAAUGAGCUUAUGGCGGCGUCGCUGUCGACGGCGACCUGCGCGGAGGAGAUGCAGAAGGCGGAGGGGGGCGGGUGCCGCGACGACGCGGUAGCGCUGCGGCUCAAGGAGGUGGCCAUGGCGGCGAUUCUGGUGGCCGGGGUGCUCGGGGUGGGCCUGCCGCUCGCGGGCCGGAAGCGGCGCGCGCUGCGCACGGACAGCUCCGCGUUCCGGGCGGCCAAGGCGUUCGCGGCCGGGGUCAUCCUUGCCACGGGGUUCGUCCACAUGCUGCACGACGCCCAGCACGCGCUCUCCAGCCCCUGCCUCCCCGCCGCGCCCUGGCGCCGGUUCCCGUUCCCGGGGUUCGUCGCCAUGGCCGCCGCGCUCGCCACGCUGGUGCUCGACUUCCUCGCCACCAGGUUCUACGAGACCAAGCACCGCGACGAGGCCGCGCGCGUCAAGGCAGCCGCCGCCGCCACGCUCGCCGCGGCCUCCUCCGCGAGCGACGAGGACAUCACCGUGGUCACCGUCGCUGAGGACGACCGCAAGGCCCCGCUCUUGCAGACGCACUGCCACGGACACUCGCACGGGCACGGACACAACCACGGCCAUGGGCACGAGCUGGUGCAAGUAGAGGGCCGCGAGGGGGAUAUGUCGGACCAUGUCCGCUCUGUCGUCGUGUCGCAGAUACUGGAGAUGGGGAUUGUGUCUCACUCUGUGAUCAUCGGGUUGUCACUCGGAGUGUCACGGAGCCCAUGCACAAUCAGGCCACUUGUCGCAGCACUUUCAUUCCACCAGUUCUUCGAGGGUUUUGCAUUAGGCGGGUGCAUCGCUCAGGCACAAUUCAAGAACCUUUCAGCGGUUCUAAUGGCAUCCUUCUUUGCCAUUACAACACCGGCAGGGAUAGCUGCCGGGGCAGGCUUGGCCACGUUUUACAAUCCAAAUAGCCCGAGGGCUCUUGUGGUUGAGGGCAUUCUUGACUCGGUGUCGGCCGGCAUUCUCAUAUACAUGUCUUUGGUGGAUCUCAUUGCGGCAGACUUCUUGGGUGAAAAGAUGACUGGUUCGCUGCGACAGCAAUUGGUGGCAUACAUCGCGCUAUUCCUUGGUGCUCUCUCUAUGUCAUCGCUUGCAAUAUGGGCUUAAGACCUGCCCUUUGUUAUCAGAUAGGAUCAUAAGAGGUGCAGUAAGAUCUUAAAAAAAAAAGUUGCAUUAAGGCCCUGAGAAAAUUCCUUGUAUAUGUGUACAGUUGUAAGGUUUCCGGGGCAUUCUGUUUUCUCACUGUAGUAGCUUGCCUGUGCUCAUCAUAGGAUGCCCUGUUUGAAGGGCAUGAAAGAAACACCGCUCAUGUAAAAAGUGGGGCCCUUUCACCUGCCCCAACAAAGGCGGUUCCAUAGGUGGGAGUGGGAUGUUGAUGGUCGGUUUUUAUUGUACUCGAGUGCGAACUGCUGUGGUUUCUUGAAACGACGAGCAAGUAAUGGUAUGUGUCAUGUGUGACAGCCGCUGCAUCUGCAGCUGGUUUUGAUUUGA